GAGUAGAGAACUGUAUACGCGGGAGAGAGAGAACGAGAGAGAGAGAGAGAGAGAGAGCGAGAGAGAGAGAGAGAGAGAGAGAGAGAGAGAGAGAGACGCCCUGGGGCUGUCUCUGCGGCGGCCUACUUUGCCUAAUGGCCGCCGAUCUGGCUCUGACAAUCAUAAUAAAUUUGGCCUGGGUGUGGACCGUUUUAUUCUUUCCUUCCGUUUUGAAUAUCGUCUGGAGCUUGCGGGUGUGUUAGGCUUCUAAUUCGACGCGAUGAGCUUAAUUGGGGUGAAAAUUAUCGUAAGCCUGAUGGAAUUUUAUGGUACAUUGUACACCUGGAUCGCAUGUAACCCUAAUUAUUAUAGUGAAUUAACUCUCUCCCUCAGCUCUGGUCGGUCUGAUUCCAAUUUCGACGAUCAUUAUCCCGCGAUGACGCAACGAGUUGCACAAUUCCAGCGAUAGUUAAUUAAACUUGCCGGUAUGGAUUUCAUCGGGAAAUUUCGAAAAAUCAAUCGGCGUGUGGGAAGUAGGACGGCUGCGCGGAUAUGUGUGUGACAAUGAGAAAAGGGAACAUAUACGCUAUGCAUAUACAGCAGUGGAAAAGUUACAAGCUCAAUGUCAUCGCGAGAAGGCACUAAAUACCACGAGAGAGAGAGAGAGAGAGAGAGUCGCGUCUCUCUCUUUCUCCCGAGGGCGAAACACUGGCGCUGAAAAAUUAAUUCGCCCGGCCGACCUUGCAGUCCUCUCUCUUCUCUAUUUCCAGCGAAUAUUGCAGCGACGAUCGGUCCUGUCGCCGGAUAAAUUUCUCCGUGUUUUCGAGUGUCGGUGAAAGCAGCGGCUGUGUAUACACGAAGCGACACAAUGACAGUGACGCUCGAUUUCGCCGGGAUGAAUGGGCCGUUCUUUUUUUCUACCUAUAGACAUUCUUAUUUAUCGUUCGGAUCGUUUUCGUUUCCCCUUCAACGCGGCUUUAUGAUUAAAUUAAAAUUUCCCAGAGUAUCGAAAUCUUUUUAUAACUGGCCGCUCCGAGAGCUGCACCGACUGUAGAUUUAACGAACGAGGCUCCUGAAAAAUGGACGAGGUUUUCCAGGAAAACCGUCCGGUAUAAUAAGAUUCUAUACAUAUCGCACCUGGAUCUCGAUCAAUCAGCGCAGGAUUCGCGGAAAGGGUCACAAGUCCAGCUCGUCCGAGAGAGCAAGUAUAAACCCAACCGCGCGGGGCUGGAACGUGCGAAGAAGAGAGGAUAUCGCGGCACGCGCGUCCUUGAAAUAUUAACCCUCGUAUGCGUCAGGCCCGAAAAGUGUAUAUUUAAACGUAUACACUCGAGAAGAUCGAUGAAGAGCCGAUGAAGCCGCUGCUGUAAAAUCCGCGGACGAGUCAAGGGUGUGUACCGGCUGCGCUGCAAUUUUUUUCCGUCUGACUUGCCAGAGACGUAAUUAUUUAUGCAGCCGAGCUCGACGAGUUCGCUUGGAGAGAAAGCGGUGUAACAAAGUCCUCCUCGAUGGGUCAAAUUCAGCGAGCGGAAGAGCAGCGCGUGUGUGCUGAUAAUCGCGCGCGAGCUCCUCUUUUUUUUUUAAUUCGAGAGGAUGGUAGAGGAGUUUAAUCAACUCGACGGUGAUGAGCGGAUUUCGAUACGGAGUGUGAUGAACCUUCAUCGAGCGAUUAUCAAAAAUGCCUGCUAAUCAGCCGCGCCAGUCAAAUUUUUCCUAUAACAUAUUCGAAUCUAUAUCAUCUCGAGCAAACAAACGCAGGACCUCGUCCUUGACAACGACUUCGGACGACACACGCGUGCGCGCGAGAUAACCGGAUUCCUCCAUCCCUCAGCAGCAGCAGCAGCAGCAGCCGGGUAGCUGAGCAUCGGCGAACCCUUAGCUGAGCAUCAUAUAGUAACGGGAGAGAGGAGCGAAGGGAAGGGAGUCGUCGCGGCGGCGCAGCGCGAGUUUGCGCGUUUCGAGUCUCACGGGCAGCAGCGCGCCGGGCGGCGGCGCGUGCCGCAGUCGAUAUCCGCGCCUCGGGUCGCCCGAUCGAGCUCUCCCGCAGCCGUACGCUUUCUCGCGCAGCAGUCACUCCCCAGCAGUUUUACGCCCAGGAUCGCGUCAGGUCAUGCAGCGCUGACGAGCGGAGCCCACUGCCGACGCAUCGCGGGAGAGACGGCCUGCAUAGACUCUUCUCCGACACGAGUGCCAGAGAGACGCGUGUCGUCGGGAAGAGGAGGAAGGAGCUCCGGAGCAGAGCAUCGAUCGCUUAGCCCGGGGCUGGCUGGCCGCGGUGUAAACAGCGCCGCGUAUCCAUGGCCUGAGGCGGCCCCCUAUCGCGAAAAGAGGCGCGACCGCACGUGUUACACUCCGCUGAUCGCGCGCGUACCUACAUACGUACGGUGUGCAUAGUUGAGGACUGAGAGAGAGAGAGAGAGCGAGAGAGAGAGCGAGAGAGAGAGAGAGAGAGAGAGAGAGAGAGAAAGAGAGAAAGAGGCAGAGACCAUGGCGUGGGGCUACUGGAGCGCGACGUCCGUCAGCGACCGCGGUCGCUCACCUCGCCGCGACAAGAACCGCGAGCAGGCCGCCGCGGCGAUGGCCAUGCACCAGCAGCUCGCCGCCACCAGCAGCGUUCCCCAGCCUCAGCAGCCCCAGCAGCCCCAGCAGCAGCCGCAGGAGCAGAUAGUCGAGAUCGAGGCGACGCCGGCGCAGGCCUCCACCGCCGGGAUGUCCGAGCCGCUGAUGCAGGUCCAGGGCGGCGCGCAGCAGCAGCAGAUCACCCAGGCGGAGAUGGCCAGUGCCGCGGAGGCGCCGCCGGACCGGCUGAACUCGUUCUACACGUACGCCUCGGUGGCCAACGCCACCACCGGCAGCCGAGUCGACGCCGCCGGGAUCCAGGUGCUGCCGAGGUCCGGGGCGGCUGGCCUAGGCUACCACCACCAGCCGCAGCCGCCCUCGCCGGUCGAGAGCGACUCGGUCGACUACGAGCAGCCCACCUCGAGCCUCCUGCACAGCAGCAGCUUCGUCAUGCACCACGAGGACAGCGGCUCCUCGUCCCACCACCACCACCACCACAAGAUGCCCGACCUCGGACACCACACGAGCUCGAGGAUGAGGCUCAUCCGGGACGAGGACGACGACGUCAUCGAGGGCCUCUCCGACGCGGAGUUUGACGAUCUGCCGGCGCCGCCCGGCGGCGUCUACUACGCCGAGGCCAUAAAGAUCCAGUCGCAGCCCAGGCCGAACCAGGGCUGCCUGCUGCACGGGAUACCCUUCUGCCGACUGCCGGCGGAGCCGGCGCCGCCGCUGCAGCCGCCGCUCAUGGCACACGAGGUCGGAGGAGGCGGCAACGGAGCCGCGGACCAGCCGCAGGUCUAUUUCGAAAACAUCUCUUGGGGUAGGUCUUCUACUUGCUGGGAUGACGCCGACGUCUUUCCCAAUGUGCCGCCAGCGCCGGGGAUGCCGUGCCAGGGCGAGGAUCGGAAUAUCUACAGACGUGGCGCACGCAGAUGGAGAAAGCUUUAUCGGGUGAACGGACACAUUUUCCAGGCUAAACGAUUCAACAGGCGAGCCUUCUGCGCGUACUGCCAGGACCGGAUCUGGGGUCUGGGCCGCCAGGGUUUCAAGUGCAUCCAGUGCAAGCUGCUGGUGCACAAGAAGUGCCACAAGGUCGUGCGCAAGCCCUGUCUGAGCCAACAGCAGCAACAGUCGACCGGCACAUUGGGCGAACAGCAGUCCGGCGAACGCAAUGGAGAACAGACUCAACCUGACUCGCCCCAGUCGAGUCCACCAGGUGGUGGACACCACCACGAGGAUGAAAGCGCCGAGACGUCCACCGCCGAGGAACAUGCCUAUCGCAACAGAGCGGCGAGCGACGUGGAGGGCGAGGAGCUGGCCCUGGACGAGAUGGCUGGAGCCGAGGGUGCAAGCGACCGCCAGUACAGCCUGUCGGACUUCGAGCUGAUACGCGUGAUCGGACGAGGCUCGUACGCCAAGGUCCUCAUGGUCGAGCUCAAGCAGACGAAGCGCAUCUACGCGAUGAAGGUGAUCAAGAAGGCACUGGUCACCGACGACGAGGACAUCGACUGGGUUCAGACGGAGAAGCACGUGUUUGAGACCGCAUCGAACCAUCCCUUCCUCGUGGGACUGCACUCUUGCUUCCAGACACCGUCCAGGCUCUUCUUUGUCAUCGAGUUUGUCCGCGGUGGUGAUCUCAUGUUCCACAUGCAGAGGCAGAGACGACUGCCCGAGGAACACGCGAGAUUCUACGCGGCGGAGAUCAGUUUGGCUCUCAAUUUCCUGCACACUAAAGGAAUAAUCUACCGUGAUUUGAAGCUGGACAAUGUGCUGCUGGACCACGAGGGCCAUGUCAAGUUGACGGACUAUGGUAUGUGCAAGGAGGGCGUGCGCGAGGGCGACACCACAGCUACUUUCUGCGGUACACCUAACUACAUCGCACCGGAGAUCCUUCGAGGCGAAGACUACGGCUUCUCGGUCGACUGGUGGGCCCUCGGUGUACUCGUCUACGAGAUGCUUGCCGGACGAAGCCCCUUCGACAUCGCUGGAGCCAGCGAGAACCCUGACCAGAACACUGAGGACUAUCUCUUCCAGGUCAUCCUGCAAAAGACGAUAAGAAUCCCGAGAUCGCUGUCGGUGAAGGCGACUUCGGUCCUCAAGGGAUUCCUCUGCAAGGAUCCGGCCGAGAGAUUAGGAUGCGGAAGGAGCCCCAACGCUUUCUUAGACAUUAUGACGCACCCGUUCUUCAAGGCUAUCGAUUGGGAUAUGCUGGAGCAGAAACAGGUCACGCCGCCCUACAAGCCGCAGUUGGAUUCCGAUCGCGAUUUGGCAAACUUCCCGCCUGAAUUUACGGACGAGCCAGUGUAUCUCACACCCGAUGAUCCGCGAGUGAUAGACAGGAUCGACCAGACGGAGUUCGAGGGAUUCGAGUAUGUGAAUCCGCUGCUGAUGUCCCUUGAGGACUGCGUGUGACAAGAGACUCCAAGCUUAGAGUCCUGUAGCGAGGAGGAGCACCUCGCGGUCGUCAUCCAACAACAGCACCACCAGUACCACCACCACUACAUCCCCUCGAACGUCGCUGUCAACCUCACCGCGGAGGAGCUCCUGCUGCAGCAGCAUGAGGAGCAUCACCGCCAGCUGCACCAGCGCUACAUGUACGAGUUGCAGGAUCGGCUGGCGAUGCUGCACUUCAACGUAGCCGACAGCAGACCCCGACAUCCGCCUCUCGCUCUUCCUACUGACUACCAGCAGCAGCAGCAUCACCAGCAGCUGUUCAUGAGAUACCUACAAAGCGACGACAACUACAACGAGUACAGCCUGCCGCCGCCGCCCAUCGCCUUUCGCUACGAGAGUCCGAGCUAUUCAAGGUCGCUCAGCAUCACCGAUCCGAGCUACGACUCGUUCAACUCGAGCAACAACACGAACAACAACAACAACGAGGCGGGCUCGCUCAUCGGGAGUGUUUUCGACGAGAACGACUACGACGAUGUCGUGGAGGAGGAUAGGCCCAAGAAGGGUCUGCUCAAGCAGAUGUUCUGUCUUCCCAUGAAGUAGAGCGAUAUUUUUUCAUUCUUUUAUCGCAGCUGUAAAACGUACCGUUGGUUGCUAUAAUCAAACACGGAAAGCAAGUGCUCUCGGAGCCGAGAAAAUAUUGUGAUCUGACAUGGUGGUAAAUUAGGAUAUACAUAACUCAUGUGAAUUCGGGCUUUUUCGUGACACGUUGACGUCUAAAUUAAUCACGCUCGAGAAUUUCGAGGCUGCAUAGCGUAGAGAGUAAUCGAAGUAUUGUUGAGAAUAUGAUUUUCUGAAAGACUCAGACUGUAUAAUGUAUAUCUUUGCUCGCGGGUGGGAUUCUUGAUAAAUGGCGAAACGUGCCAUCAAAAGUAGGUUACGAGUGUUGUAGACGCAUAGCGCGAGGAGCCGUGGGGGUUCGAGCGUACGUGGCGGUGUACAUGUUUGGCACGAUAUUGGGAGAGAGAGAUAUAAAUUUACGUAGAGUGUUAAAGAAUUGAUGCACAGAUGAACAAAAGACAAAUGAGAGAAUACAAUCACACACUUAAAAUGCAGAAUUAUAUUUUUAGUCCUUGUACUGAGCGUAUGAUUAAAUUGAUGAAAUUUAACAAAAAGAAAAAAAGAUUGAUUGAAAUUGUAUAUGGUCUAAUUUUUACGAUGAAAGACUUAACUUUAUAGGCCGGUCGCGGGAUUCUCGAGGCUGAAUCCGCAAACUUUCGGGAGUGCGGGAUUACCAGAAGGUUUUUCAAUGAAUUUUUUUAAUUUUGUAUAUACAACAAUGACGAACUGUCCAAAGUCUGUGGUGCCAGCCCAAGAGCUCGCGUCUCGCUGGUUUGUAGAGGAAAAUUUUUUAGAAGUAUAUAUUAUAUAUGAUUUUUAUUACGUAUAUUUCUAGUGUAUAGGCAAUUUUUUGUAACCGAUUAGAAAAUAGAAUCAUCCUUCAGUUCUGAGAAAAUUUGGUUUCUCACGAGACAAAACAUAAAACAAUCAUUCCGAAUUUUACGUAUGUACUUAAUGAAAAAAAUGUAACGAGGUACUCUUCGCUGUUGUAUUAUCCCGACUCCGCUUCCGAGAUUCUUCAACGUGUCUUUUUUGCUUCUUAUUCGACGCAAAUGCACGAGCAAAGGGUACCUGGCCUCUUGCGAUACUUAUCAUUCCAAUGCACUCGAUCAGCUUGUAGUCAUGCAUAUAAUAUGAACUAUAUACUUAUGGCAGCUUUUACAAAAAAAGUACUUUUCCGCCAAGAGCGUCCCUUAACCAAGUGAUAUACUUUCGUUAAGCUAUCGUUUCUUUUCCGUUCAUUUAAUCUACUAUUAUCAAACGUUAUCAACAAUAUGAUAUUACUUAUUGUUUUUAAGCACCUUCCUUGUGCAACUAGGAACUGUGACGGCAGCUAUUCAAUUUAUCUUUAUAAUGCAGCGAUUACGAUUUACAUUCCGAAAUUCUUGGCUUUUGUAUCAGAUUUGGUGUAGGCGAAUUAGGCAACGAUAAAUUUUUACAUACUACAUGAUAUAAGAAAGAUAAUGUAAUAAGCAAAUUGGUUCAACAAGAGGCGCAUAAAUACUUUCACUGCGUCAAACGAAUCAACUGGUAUUUAUGGUAUUGAAAUUCUAAUAACCGAACAAACGAAGUCGUAUGCAGUAUAUACAAAAGAAUAGUCGACGCAAUUUUAAUAAAGUACGUUGCGUGGACGUUUGUUAAAGCACUUAGGAGACAUUAUAAAUACGCCUGUAUAUAGAAAAAGAACUAAACAAAAAAUGAUAAAAAAUAAAUUAAAGGAGAUUCAAGGAGCGGGUAUUGAAAAAUUGUGCGCGUAUUUAUGAGAUUACGAAGAGAAAUGGCGGAAAGCGGGUCUGUAGCUAUACUGUAAUAUAAAGAAUUGAAAGAAACAAUAGUAGAAAAGUUGGGCGGAAAAAUGAAGAACUAGUAAUUAUUAUUGCGAUACAAUGAUAUUAUAUAGAUUUACAGAUUAAGAAUUCAGAUUUAACAGAAGCCAUGGUGCUUGUAAUAUGGAUAUAUAUUGGAGUUUAAACGAUUUAGAAACACUUCGGCGUUCGCCAAACGAGUUGGCAGCAUAAAACCAAAGUUUUAUAAUGGGAAAACAAGGGCGCAAGAGAGCAAACGAUCCGCGCCACUUUUGUGGAUGGCUUUCGGUAAUCGCGCCCUCGCUGAUGCGUUUCUACCAAAUUAGUAUUACGUGUUGUGUAGAUUGUCGGUAUUCAACAAUCUAGAUACUCCAUGAGUGAAGGUAAAAUCGACUGUGACUAUGUGAACGGGAUUAACGAUGACUUUAACGCAAAUUUAAAGUGAAUGCUAGAAUUGAAUUGUUGCGUAUACAUAUAUGAAAGAUGGAUAUCGAAAGGUAGCAAAUUGUGUCGUGAUUCGCGAUGGAAGCGUUAGGUGAAAAAACUGGUGUCUGAAAAAAAUUAACUUUGUUGUCUCGAUAUGUUUCGAAAGAUAGACGUUCGAGGAGAAAGAUUGUGAAUUUGAAUAAGCGCUUAUAUUAUCCCGUUAUUCCGGUUAUGAUUAUAUAAAUGGAAAAUAUUGAUUACUGUUAUAAUGAAUUGUAAAAUCACCGUAUAAUGGCCUCGUAAUUAUAUCAAAUGCGAAUUGUAUACUUGUGAGAAAGAGAGAAUCGUAUCGAAGUGUUACUAAACAUAUGUGGCCGUUGAUGGUAUUUUUAUAAAGUCUAACUUGCGUUUCGAUCGGUAUUGUAUACACAUUGUAAUGAAGAAAAUAUUGUUUAUAGUUAAAAUCAAUGAAUUAUCCGAUUAUAUAUACGUUCGUGACUGGCGAGAGAAUUGAUAUACAAAAAAAAAAAAAAACUGUCGAGCAUAUAUAAGAAAACAGUGUGACAUUUGUUCCUGGAAGGGGCUUAGGAAAAAGUUGCGAGAAGCGUUAAUUCAGAAGAGCAAAUAGUUAUAUUAUAUAAUCUGUAAAUAAACGAAGAAAGAAAUAUUGCGUGACUUGUCCUGUCGCAGCGGUAAAAAUCGGAAGAGCAAAUAUAUAUAUACGGAUGUUCGUUUUACCAGCAAAAGAUGCAAAACACAGCGCGUUAAAUAAUAUUUGUCGUAGGAUAUACAUAUACAUAUAUUUUAAACAAGGAAAAAAGUAAAAAAAAAGUAUUAUAAUUGCCAGAAAGGUUUAUUAUAUAUACGAAAGUUGCGGGAAAAGGCUCAUGGAAAAUUAUAACAGAUGAAUUAAAGUAUGAAAUCUUAUAUGUAUAUACACACAAUUGCAGAUAAAGAGACAUACAUACAUAUAUAUGCGAGGCGGAUUAUAGAAAUUACGACGGAUUGCCAAUCUGCGAUUCUAAAAGAAAAAGUUGCUACUGUAUCGAGGGUAUGCGGAUUUUGCAAAGGCCUGAUGACACAUUUAAAAGAACAUAGGCCAAUUUUAAUAUUUACCUACUUUUGCGAUACACGUAUCCGCUCGACAAGUUGUAAGGUAAAUUCGGCCUCUGUCGCACUGCGAGUUUUUAGUUAGAGAAUCCAUUGCAUAUAUAGUUGACUGGACAGAGGGUCAAUUAUCGUAAUAUCUUCCCACGUAGAGUCUUCCACCGAUCGAGAUUUUUCGUAAAUUUUGACAAGAACGAGAACGUACUAUUGUUGCUGUGUAUGGUUUUUAUGGUAUACAGAUUUUUGUUAGACAUCUAAAACACGCGUAAUGGAACUAUCGUUAACGAAGAGGUGCUAUGCUGUGAUGGUACAGCAAUGAUCUUAUUGUACAUGAUGAAAAAUCACUGAGGAUUGUUUUGUAGGUAUCGCGUCGGCUAAGUAAAAACUCGUCAGUGCUGGUCGUCCUUAUUCGAAACUCUCGGGUAUAAAUUACCUAUAUUAAAUAUUACCUCCGAUAAAUAUUACAUUACUUUAUGCACGCGGCGCUUAUUUGAUUUCUUUAUACACGUUAACAUAAUUUAUUUAUAAUAUAAAAGUUUAUCUCAACAACAUUGCUGUUGCAGUGAACACAUCACCUAUUGCGUAUACAUUAUUGAUUCAUUAACCAUACCGGUAAUGUUCAUUUAUUGUUUAUUAUCUAAUAUAUACCUUUAUUGAUCUAACAUGGAUUAUUUUGUAUACCAUUCGCUGAAUUAGUAUUUACUUUUCAGAAAAAUAAACUUUAGCAUAAAAUA